UUUAUCUACGACUGAAUGUUAAUGCUUCAUUUCUGUGUCUAUUAUGUUCUUUCUUUAUUUUACACCCACAGACCGGAGGUAAGAUUUCUAAUAAUCUAUCAUUUAAUAAAAGGCAUUAAUAACAAGAUUAUCACCAGGCUGAUAAAAUGUCACACAAAAAUAAAUAAAUAAAUAAAACCCGUCUUUUUGCAGAGGAAAUCUAAAAUCUCAGCUUCUCGCAAGCUCAUGCUGAAGAGCCUGAUGGUGGCCAAGGCUAAAGAGGAGCUGGAGCAGGAGAUGGAAGAAAAAGAGGAAGAAAAGACAAAGUACCUGGAAGAAAAAUCUCCUCCGAUACAGACCAGAAGCAUGUCCUUAGGAGAGCUGAGGACGUUAUGUGAAGAGCUGCACGCCAAGAUAGAUGUGGUGGAUGAGGAGCGGUACGAUAUUGAGGCCAAAGUCUUGCACAACACCAGAGAGAUCAAAGACCUCAACAUCAAGGUACUUGACCUGCGAGGGAAGUUUAAGAGACCCAGCCUUAGAAGAGUGAGGGUUUCAGCUGACGCCAUACUGCGCUCACUGCUGGGCUCAAAACACAAGGUCUCUUUGGAUCUGCGGGCCAACCUCAAAUCAGUCAAGAAGGAGGACACAGAGAAGGAGAAGACUGUGGAGGUGAGCGACUGGAGGAAGAAUGUGGAAGCCAUGUCGGGCAUGGAGGGCCGCAAGAAGAUGUUUGAUGCAGCAAAGGGCCACAGCCAGUGAAUGAAAGAGCUGCCCUUCACCAUCAAACACCAUCACCUGCAGUCCAAAGAGCCGAAUACAGCACAAAACAGAAACACUAAUGCUUCACAAGGUCACAUUUUUUUUGGUAUUUCAUAUUCAGUAUCUUUUCCAUGUAACACUCACAUUUUCUGUGUGUUUUGUUUCAUUAUUACUGAAAUAAAGCAGUAAAUGAAGACUCUUUUUUUUUACAUUGCAAGAGAGACCGCUUUGCAUUCACACUCAUCAAUCAGCUGUUCUGACAUUGAUCACAUGCUUAUGUGCAGUUUUAUGCAUUGCUUGUCCUGCAGCACAAACCACAAGCCUUUCAGGAUAAUACAUGCAAAAUGUAAUCCAGGUCAGAUAACUCAAAAACUGCAAAUAAUGCUGAAAUAACAACAUACUGUAUCAACAUAGUCUCCACAAAAAUACCAAAGAUGGAUGUGACAACUGCAGCCUCAUUUCACCUCUGUGUACAAAACAAGUCUCUACAAGGACAUGCAAACAGCCGCACGUGAACAGAAAUCAGCAGCGAGCAGAUGCCAAUACAUGAGCAGCAGGAGAGCUAGCACGGGUUAGCACAAACAGCAGGCUAGGCUACAUACCUGCUGUAGCCU